AUGUCAGCUCCGGAGUCCGUAAGAGAUACGCGGGGAUUCACGGGGCAAACCGAUUAUUAUUGGGGACCACCCGGAGUCGGCUUCACAAAUGGGCAAAUAAAGAGACUGGUCCAGCAUCUCCGCGAAAUUGCCCAGGAUGAUCAUUCCCAACGCAUCACCCUCAAAAGCCUCGAUGCGACUCAUUACGAGAUGUUCGUUCUCGCGAUGAAGCACUUGCUGGCGACGGAGUCGGCUCUCGGGGCAUUUGCGCAGAUUAUCGAUGGCUUGCCCAUCGGCGAUAUUAGCAUGAGAUCAGAGAACAAGGAGCUUGUUCAAGCAUAUCGACGGGCACCUGAAGGAUCCGGAACCUUUAACAUCCGUUUAAUCGAGCUUGUCGCUGCAGGUAACCCUCAACUUGGGGCGCAGGCGUUUAAAAUGGGGUUUAAGCUCCACCAGGGGGACGUUGACUCCAUAGUUAACUGGGCAGACGGCACGCCCGGUGUGAAUCCACCGCCCACUCUUUUCCGGCACCUCGAGUACGUCGAUUAUUAUGUCUACCCUGAGGGAGCAGCCGAUAUGGUGGGAUAUUGGACCGAGGAUCGCAUGCUGGGCGGAGUCAUCGUGUUCGACCGUAGAGCUGAAUCAGCUGGAGAGAUCCCGAACGUGUACAUCCAUUCCUCUCGCAAGCGCGUUACCUAUCGUGUCUUUUAG